UCACUGCGAAAAGACAGCUCACAGCAUACCGCAGCUCUCGGAGACUACCAAAGAUUUUGUUGUAUAUUUUUAAUUUUAGUCAGCGAUCAUGAGUAGCACGCAAUCUAGCACACGAUUUAGCGACGAAAACUAUAAAAACUGGUUGAAAACAGCCGAAAGUCUUUAUAUACUGAGGAAUCGCAUUCAAAACUUCAUUGAAAAGGAAACCGAAACUUACCACAACUCUCUCAGAAAUAAACAGGAGCUCAAUGGAAAGACUUGCCAUCAAAACUGCAAUGAUAAGGACAUUAAUCAGAAGUCUCUCUGUCAGUUGUGUGAAUGCUGGAGGAAAGAAAUUGUGGCCAAUCACAAUGGGAAAUAUGGUAUACACUGGAACAACUGCAAACCAAAUCUUUGGUCCAAAGAUAAAUGGGAAGUUGCCAAGGCGUACAUGCCGCGUGGGCACAGAGAACAUUGUGAGUUUUCUCACUUUGAUGUCGCUGCCAUUCUGAACUUCAUGAACUUCUGUAAACAUUUCAGUAAAAUUCAAGGGCAGCAUGUGAGAAAUGUAAUAACUGUACGGAACAAUGUGAUGCACUCCCCUGACUUAAAAAUGAGCAACGAGGACAUGAAAAAACAUCAUGGCACAAUUCUACAGCUGGCCAAGAUGCUUCAACCUCAUGUCCCUGAACUGGAAAGCUUGGAAGAGGAGAUAAAACAGUAUAAUAACACCUUGGAUCAGAAUUUCAAUAAACCCCUAUGUGAAGUAGAUGGCCAGCAGAUAAACGUCUAUACCCAGGAACUUCUGGACCGUGAGAACCAAGCCUUGAAAGACAAGAUUAAAGACAUCAUCUCAUGCUUUGAGGGGAACCAAGAUGAAAAUAUCAAUGACAAACUUCAAGACUUUAGGCAUAUCAUGGACUUCUUGGACCAAAACAAAGAUCUCCUGGAGAACCUGGGUCCUGAGGUCAACAAACUUAAAGAGAUACAAACAAAAGUAGAUGAGCACGAGGAAGAGAUCAGCACCCUGAAAGUCAGAGUGGAUCAACUGGAAAAGGUGAAACAAGAUCCAUUGCUUCCUGCCAUCCCACCUAGAUAUAAGAAUCAUCUUUAUGAGUUUUGUCGUGCAAAGAAAUGGCCCGAGCCUGUUUUUACAGAGACUCAAGAAGCCCAGGGUUAUAGGGGUAAGGUGACAGUGAAUGGCCAAAGUUUCACUGGCACAAGAGUUUUUAAUGACAAAAAGGCUGCCCAUCAGGAGGUAGCAUGCAUUGCCCUUGAACAGAUGAAAUCACAGGAAGAAAGCACGGAUGAACCAUCCUGUUCUGUUAUGCAGCCUGAGACGUCCUGUUCAUCUUCCUCAGGAAUUUACUUUGGCAAAGUAACCGUGGAUCUCAAUUUAGAAGUUGAGUCAGAAAGAUGCUCUUCAGCAGAGGAAGCAAGUGAAGCAGUUUAUAAGAUUUUAUGGGAAAGUUUUCACCUCAGCACUCCAGUACAAGGUCAGACACACAGGUCAUUAAUCUUGGAAUAUUUCAACACAAAUUAUUUCCAAAAACCAUCAGAACACUUUGUUCAAACUGACGACAACACAACUAGCUGCAAGCUCAAACUCAUUGGGCCUUUCACAUUUUAUGACAAAGAUGGCUCCACCAAGAAGAAACUGGCAGAUCAACAGGCAGCUAAAGUUGCCUUGCAGCAUCUAUCAGGUAUCUUCAAAUGUGCUCCAAUAUCAGAAUCGGAAAAGAACUUCAAAGGAAUUCUGAAGGAGUGUCUUGAGACAAGAGGUCUCAAAAGUCCCAACUAUACCACUUUGAAUAAUGCAGAGAUUAGUGAAGAACAGGUUCCCAUGAGCAUAAGCCCAGACCUGACAAAUUCUGUAGCAUCUAUUACUCAGGCAACAGAGAAGGAGCAUUCAAAGCUCAAGUCUGGCAACAUUUGCAAAUCAGCACAGCUUCCGUUAUUUCAAGAGGCAGUUUGUAUUCCUGUUUCUGUGCUGCCAGACCCUCAAGACUCCAGUUCUCCAGAUGUACUGAGGAAAAAGCCCCGGAUUGAUUGUCUAGGAAUCACUUUCUUUGGUAAAGUGACUGUAAAUCUCAAAGACGUUAUGUCUGAUAGAUGUUCUUCAAAGGAAGAAGCAGCUGAAUCAGCUUAUAAGAACUUAAUGGAAAGCUUUAGCAUCAAUGCUCCAGCAGAAGGUCAGACGUACAGAUCAGUGAUCGUUGAUUAUUUCGGCAAAUAUGAAGUACAACAACCAAAAGAAGAGUUUGUCGAUGACGACAACAACACAACAAUCUGCAUUCUGAAAUUAAACCCUUUUAAUUUUUACGACAAAGAUGGUUCCACCAAGAAGAAACAGGCAGAGCAACAGGCAGCUAGUGUUGCUCUUGAUCAUCUAUCAGGGAUCCUCAACCGUGCUCCUGUAUCAGACGAUAAGAAGAACUUCAAAGGUGUUUUGAAGGAGUUUCUAGAGUCACUGGGUCAUAGUAAUCCCAUCUACGACACUAAAGAGCAUAAAGGGGAAAUCAGUGAAGAGCCUGGGACUAGCGGCAUGACCCCAAUACUUUCAAACUUAUCUAUCAGUCAUGCAGCAGUAAUGGAGAAUGUUGGGUUUAAAAGCAUCUCCACAUCAGGGCAUCUCCCAAUUUGCCAAGAGUCAGUUAAUGUUUCUCCAGACAAUUCUGAAGCCUCAAUGAGGAAAAAGCCCAGGAUUGAUUGUCCAGAAAUAAAUGAGCUGCUUCGUUUAUACAACCUCCUGCCACCACAUGUCAAGGUGGAGACCAUGAAGUGUGAUCAGAGUUUUAAAUGUAUUGUGAAAAUCAAUUUGGAAGAAUUUACUUGUGCUAACAAGCAAGGUUAUGACACCAAGAAAGAAGCCAUUCGAAAAACCUACCUGUUGUUUGGCUGUGCAGUAUCAAUUCUGAAUAGUACAGAUGAAAAAACAUCGAUUGCUAUGGUGAAGAUGCGCUUUUCUCAGAAUUCUCUUCCUCUCCCCCAGGAAGAUGUUGAAGGUUCUUCAAAGUUGUUUUACUGCUCACUAAAGAACAUAAAUUACACAGUUGACUAUGACGGAGAAGGGUCCUCAGAGGAUGAAGCCAGGUUACUUGCUCUCCAGAAAGCCUUACGUUUUCUAUCACCUCUUUUUAAUUAUCCUUCCCUACCUGGUACUGGUCAUCCUGAAGAGGUUCUGAAUCAGUUGAGCUCUAUCCUAAAGGGAGCCAGUCAGAAAGAUCCUGUUGUUUCCCUGGUUGUUACGAACAAGGCCUGUGUCCAGCUGUCUUUCUGUGACUAUACAAUGAAGUGCACAUGCAAAAGUUCAAAGAAAGCAGCUCGAAAUCAUAUCAGUGCACGAAUACUGGGACUUCUAGGGAUGGAAACAGAUGCAAAUUACGCAAAUUUGAAAAACCAAUUGGAUGUGUGGUUUACAAAGAAUAGCCCGCCAAAACCAGUGUUUGAGGACACAGAAGUGACUGGAGCAAUAGCUACUUUCUCUGUUCAAAUAACCAGCUGCAGUCCAGACUGGGAGGACAGUUGGGAAACUGCAAAGAUGAAACUGCUUGAAGUGCUGAAGAACAGAUUUCAGUUUCUGGAUGACAAAAACAACUGAAAUCCAUGCAAGAU